UGACCAAUCAGCUUGCAGAAAGCAGCCACGUCUUUGUUACUGUAGUUCUUGCAAACGUCAGAGGAAAAAGGCGUUAAAUACGCUAUGGUACUUAUAUUUUAAGUUUUGGACAGUUUCGUUGUUAUGGCUGUGAGUCUGUGGUGAUUUUUUUUUACGAGUGACGAUCAUAGGGAGGGUUGUUGUUGGGACACGUGACAAGAGCUGUUUUGACAAGCCGUGGGGAGGAGGAAGAGCCCACGGAGGAGUGAUGAUGAUGGUGGCGUUGGUGGUGAGGAGGAGUGGAAGAAGAAGGAGGAGGAGGAGGGUCAGACUGUAAGCAUCACGACGAGGAAGAUUCACAGUUUCUUUCAUCGGACUUUACAUCCAAAGAAUUCCGCUUACUCUUUUAUCUGUCGCUCGUUUGGCGUUUCAAGUUAGCUCUCGUGUGCCAGCGGACGUUAGCUUUGUUUUUUGAGUGCGUGUCAAGUCGAGCUGCUGUGCUUGUCGUGUUGGGAGGAGAAAAGUUGUAAUGACAACAUGACAAAAGAAGGCAACACUUGUUAACUCAAUGGCGACGACCAGAGUGUCUCCGACAGCUCGAUAAGGCGACAACACAGCCGUUUGUUUGGCGAGCUACUGCUAGCUAGUCAUUGUUUGUGUUGUCAACACAGCUGACUCGCAUGUAUGUAAGCAUGCAUGUAUGUAAAGCGACGUAAAUAUGGCUCCGGUGGUUUAAUAUGGGCUCCCUUGUGUAUUAUAGCCAUCUUGCUAGUUGAAUUUAGUCGUGCUUCAUAAAGCAGUCAUCGCCUUCUCAGGUGUCUUUAUUUUUUUGAACAACCCACUGCGAUGUAAUCGUACAGUAGUAGCAUGCUAACAAAGCAACGCUUUGUUGCGGGAUAGGGGCAGCCAAGGGCUGCACCGCACUUCAUAGCUAAUAAUAAAAGCAGGUUCGGGCUCUAAAAAGGGCUCCUCCACUGUUUGCUGUUGAAGACAAGAAGCAAGCGAGAUAUCCCCUGAUGACACUGGACAACAUGAAGGCCGAGCGAGAUGCCACAGAGGAGUUUUUCGAGUAUGAUGCGGAGGAGUUCCUGGUGUUCCUGACUCUGCUCAUUACAGAGGGACGGACGCCGGAAUAUUCUGUGAAGGGCAGGACUGAGGGGCUGCAUUGUCCGCCAGCCCAGUCGGCCAUGCCGCCUCUUCACAAGCAUGACUGCAGCGAUAAACUGCCCCAGUGUCGGCAGGCGCGGCGAACCCGUUCGGAGGUGAUCCUUCUUUGGAGGAACAGCAUCCCCAUCAUGAUCGAGGUCAUGCUCCUGCCAGACUGUUGCUAUGGCGACGAGUGCCCACCCAGCGACCCCAUCAGCGACCCGGUCAUCAAACAGGACGCGCUGCUGCUGGAGAGAUGGACUUUACAGCCUGUUCCGAGACAAAGCGGUGAUCGUUUCAUUGAGGAGAAGACGCUGCUGUUGGCCAUUCGCUCGUACGUUUUCUUCUCGCAGCUCAGCGCCUGGCUCAGUGCCUCCCAUGGCAUCGUCCCCAGAAACAUCCUGUACAGAAUCAGCGCUGCAGAUGAUGAUUUGGUAUGGCAGUUCUCCCAGCCGCCGUCCGAACACAUUUUCCCCGUCCCCAAUGUGUCCCACAGUGUUGCGUUGCAAGUCCGUGUGCAGUCUCUGCCUCGCCAGCCUACUUAUCCCACUUUGGCCUGCAGCAUUCACACCGGCCUGCCCCCGCUCUAUAGCAAGACCCCCACCCUCAACCCGAACCUCAACAGCCAUGGUGGCCUGACCACCCUCCGAAAGAGCCAGGAACCCAGCAAGGAGAAUCUCCUUCACAGCUCCAAUAUGUACAGCAAAAGCUCCACCUCCAUGUCGGGGCUCCUCCUUAACGGAAUGCCUAUUCCAAAUCUUCCCAUUAACAAUAUUCCCAUAAACAGCCUUCCACACACCGCUGCCCCACUCCCCUACAUUAAGAAGACCCAAGAACCUGCUGAGAGCCGCGCUUACCAGAACGGAGAGCUCCCGCAGGUCAACAUCCCUCAAAGUCAGGACUCCCCACUGUUCCACAGAUCCUCCCACUCACCCACACCCUCCCGCUCCCAUUCCCCCUCCCCGCUCACCGGGAGCAAGCCCGGUAAGUGGCUGUACUCGUCCCUCAAUGGCUCAUCCGACCCCCCGCCGUUAGAGGAUUACAGCAGCAACAGCAGUGAGAGGUCAAAGGCGGCCAUCCCUGAGCCGCUCCGAGCUUUUAAGAAUUUCUCAUUGGCCGAGCCGCCCCGCUGCCCCUCCCCGAGACCCUCGGCAAGUGAGACAAACCCCCUCAUUGGCUCGCUGUUACAGGAGAGACAGGAAGUUAUAGCCCGCAUCGCACAGAGGCUCAACUUUUGCGACCCCACAGCACCGCCACUCCCCCCGGCGCUUUUUGCCUCGGAUACCCCCCCCAAAGCCACGUGGAGCAGUAACAAUGACGACAUAGCUGCCAGUAAGACCAAAGAGCCAGAGGUACCGCCCUAUGAGUCUGUGGGACAUGCUUGGUCCACGACUUUCCACACCCCCUUGACCACCGCGUCUUUCCACAAACGGGAGACAUCGUCUCCAAAACCCGCAGCCUGCAGGAAGCUGAAGCUCACCGAGAAAAGAGAACGACAAGAAGGGAGCUUGGAGAGAGAGAAGGAUGGCGAGAAGGAGCGAGACAGCUCCCUCAUCGCCCAGGCGGUGCAUGACAUCACUAGACUGAUCCAGGAGAGACUGUCCGUCCCUUCGCUGUCGCCCAGCCACAGCAGGAGCGGCAGCCCUCUGCACCACACACACACGACAACGGUCACGCACACCAUACGCACAUACUCAAACCCUGCACACGCAUCACACGCCGCCAAUGAAGGCUACACCAAUGGCCACAGCCACGAACUUAACAGGGGCCCGCACGUCACCGCCGCUUCAGACACGCCCAUUUGCACAAACCAGCCCCGAGUCGACACGGGGAUUGAUUGCCAUUCACCCCGAGCCCAAAACGGCGCUCACUUUACACUUGAAGAACCUUUAUUCAAAGGCCAGUCACACGGCCAGGCUGGUCCACGUUUACAAACUCUCACGCCGGAAAAGCUCACUGUCCACUCAACCAGCAGACGUUACGUCCCUACGCUGGAGAACAGGAGCGUCCAGCCCGCCGGUCGUAACGCCAUUAUGAACUGUCACACAAUCCAAAACCACAGCAAGCCUCAGUCACCAUCACGGGCUGACGCUUCAGCGCAGGACGAGAACCACACACCUCGAUUGUCUCCAGACCUGACUCCCCUUCCGACUGUUCUGCGAACUCACAGCCCUGCCCCCUUGCGGCCUUGUAACGGCUGGAGGAAGCAGAAUCGCCACUCCUUGGAUGCCACGGCCACCAAGGCCUUCCACCCCUGCACUGGCCUGCCUCUGCUUUCCAGCCCGGUUCCUCAGAGGAAAAACCAAACUGGCUAUUUUGACCUGGAUACCUCCUUGGUUGGCUGUAAGGGUUUACCUUGGGCCUCUGGGAAAAGGGUGUGCCCGAAGGGAGAAGAGGAGGACUCGCAUCAGCUGUUCAGCGCGAGUGCUCCACCUGCCAGUCUCAGUCUGCUGGGGAACUUUGAGGAGUGCGUGUUGAACUACCGCCUGGAGCCUUUAGGGACGGUGGAGGGUUUCACGGCUGAAGUAGGAGCCAGCGGAUCUUUCUGCCCUAGUCACCUGACCUUACCCGUGGAUGUGUCCUUCUACAGCGUCUCUGAUGACAACGCCCCCUCACCUUACAUGGGUGUCAUAAACCUGGAGUCCCUGGGGAAAAGGGGCUACCGAGUACCUCCAUCAGGAACCAUUCAAGUGACCUUAUUCAACCCGAACAAGACGGUGGUAAAGAUGUUUGUGGUGAUGUACGACCUGCGAGCCAUGCCAGCUGGACACCAGACCUUCCUACGCCAGAGGACGUUCUCCGUCCCCGUCAGGCGGGACGGGAACCAUCAGAUCAGCAGGAAGCCCCUCAUGCUGGGGCAGGCACGCACUUUGCGCUACCUCGUUCAUCUGAGGUUCCAGAGCUCCAAGUCUGGGAAGAUCUACCUCCACAGGGACAUCCGUCUGCUGUUUUCUAGGAAGUCCAUGGAGGUGGACAGCGGUGCUGCCUACGAGCUCCAGUCCUUCACAGAGUCCCCCAUUGACCCGCCAUUCUCUCCCCGCUGCUGACGCCCGACAAACUCCCCCCACCCUUUUCUCCACCUGAUCAGCCACGAGUCAUUGUGUCAGUUUGUGUGACUUGUAUAGGAAGACGGAUUGAAGGACAGCAGAUUGACGGCGUGGGAGGCUUGUUUGUUUGAAAAUAACAUGCAUGAACUUUGAUGUAAGAGGGUCACUCACUCACUGUUGAAGUGAACUCCUAGUAGGGAAAAAAAAUGGCCUUACAUGAUUUGAUGAGCGAAUCCUCCAGCGUCUGGCAGGAGAGUAGAGACCAAUGAUUGUCCAAAUGAAUAGUUCACUUCUGCACACUUGGUUUCCCAAAUCAGAAUGUCAAAUCGGACCUCAUAAUGAAUAAGUGUUCAAUCUCAAUUUCUCAACUAAUUCAAAUUCACGAUAAAACAAAAAGUUUUACAUUGUUGCUUUGACGGUAAAUUAUCCCUGAUUUGGACUUGAUGAUUCUCAAUGCGUCUGGAAGAGGACAGUAAGUGGAGUGCCGCCCCAUCAUUGUCAUCCCUCCCUCAAAGGACACCUGAAGUCGACCAUGCAAUCGCACUGAAUUCAAGUGAACUCAUCACAGCAGAAAAAAAAAAACAUCAGAAAUGCACUGUGGAUUACUUUUUUCUUUCCUCCUCAAAACUGGAAAAAAUAAUAGUAAUAUUCUAUACAUUUUUGUACUGUUACAAAGAAAACCACUUUAUUGGAAGUGUUGCAAUAGAAAGAUGUAACCUUUUAGUUUUUAGUGUUUACACAUUCACUUUUCCAUUGACCUAACCAUUCUGUUUUAUUUAAUAUUUAAAUUAAUAUUUCAGUUACUGUUUGUGAUGUCUCAUGCUAAGAUGAUUUAGUGUAAACUGUAUAUCAUAGUAUUUUUGACAUUAAUAUUCAAAUCUGAGGGAAACAAAUUAUAUCUAUAUCUUCUAAAGCAAUCUUUAAACCUG